UCAGUCACUCACCCAAUGUCAUUUUUUAAAUAUUUUACAUUUGUUGCUCAUUUUCUUUUAUAAACAUACAUUAACGAAAAUCAAUUAAUUAUAACACACUUUUUUUAUUAUUUCAAUAUUAUUUAAUACACCUCUCCCGCCUUAUGCUCAGCACAUAUUAAGUUGAACCGUGCAAGAUAUUUUUGAAUCAGAUAUUCUACACAGAUAUAUAGCCAGAGAUGUCUUAAUGAUUUAUUGUUGACACUAAUGAUAGUACGCGCAAGUGGUACAUUUUUGUAGUACCUCAAUCGAUCGUGAGUCAAACAAUAAGUUUAAUAUUUUAUUAUUUGAAAACUGCAAAAAGUUUAAAUGGAUACGAAUGGAUCAAAUGUAAAACCAGAUGGUUGCAUGCCUAUUCCUCAAGCUAUACCUCAAAAUUACCCAAAUGGACUCCAGUUUCUUUCAACAAUUGAUAAGUUAUUUAUUAAACAGAUAGUGAAUCCAAUAGAAGCCUUAUUAGGGUUUGAGGUCAAUAACAAGUAUGAAAUUAAAAAUAGCGCUGGUCAAAAAGUAUUUUAUGCUCUAGAAGAUACUGAUUGUUGUACACGAAAUUGUUUUGGACCAAUACGACCAUUUGAAAUAAAAAUCUUGGAUAACUACAAUAACGAAGUUAUUCAUUUAUCAAGGUCUUUAGCAUGCCAAUCAUGCCUUUUUCCUUGUUGUUUACAGAGAAUUGAAGUAUUUUCACCACCUGGGUGUUUGGUUGGAGUUGUGGAACAAGAUUGGUCAAUUUUAAAACCGAAAUUCACCAUUCGUAAUGCAGYUAAUGAAGAAGUACUAAAAAUCAAAGGACCAACAUGUACAUUUAGUAUGUGCGGAAGUGAUGUUAAAUUUAAAAUAUUAUCUAAAGACAAAACCGCUGUAAUUGGCUGUAUAUCUAAACAAUGGUCUGGACUCUUAAGGGAACUAUUUACUGAUGCCGAUUUCUUUGGUAUUUMUUUUCCUAUGGAUCUUGAUGAACGUAUGAAAGCUGUCAUGCUUGGAGCUUGUUUUUUGAUUGAUUUCAUGUUUUAUGAGCAUUAGUCAUACCCGUUUCAUCUGUUGUGAGUAGAAGCAUUUAAUCUGAGAUUACUCUUGAUAUUCUUGUACGGAUGGUCCGGAUGGGGCAUAAAAUAAUUAAGAAUUUGAAAUUGAAAAGUACAAUUCAAGCAAAAUGUACAUGUUCAUUUAAUUUCACACAUGUUUUACUUUUUCUUUUAAUAUCUUUUGAUUGUCAUAAAAAUAUUAACUCGUUAAUACAGAUUCUAUAGUCUCCGUCAUAAAUAUUUAUUUAGAAUGAUUGUGUUAAUAAAUAAACAAUUAAAUUUAAAACUUUUAACUUUACUAAUACU